GUCUAAAAAAUUGGCAUUGGACAAUGUCAACAAUGAAACUCUGGGAAAAUUCAUUUGGUUAGUUUUGAUGCUCUCCACAAUGAUUUCAUAUUCAUUGCGCAGCACCAAGCAGUUUUGAGCCUCACCACCUUAUAAUGGCAGGAAAACAGUGUUAACAUGACCUGAGAAUCAUUACAGAUAGAACAGUUCAUGUUUCCCUUUUGUGUCUUAAUUUACUACCAUAUACAUUUGUAGAAAGUAACAUAAAUAAUAGGCAACAUAAGAACCACCUCCCUUAUGUAUUUUUUAAAGCAUUUCAUUUGUACAUCAAAAUCCAAAAGAAUAAUCUCAUUAUCUUAAAAGGACUAACGUUAGUUUGCAUCCCCAAUUUGCUUUAACGUUACUAAACUCAGCUCCUCCGUGGUCAACACAGUCCUCUUUAAUUUAACUAUCGAGAUGUACAGCAGAGGACAGAGCUCAUCCUUUGAAGAACAAGGCCUUAAAUUUUAGACUUUAAGACCCCGCUGAAACCCUGCAGUACGUCUACCUGACAGGUGCUGUUAUCAGAGCAGCUCCUUUAAUCUCAGAAUGUUUGAUUGACCAAGUGACAGUGAAUCUCAGGGAGGAAAAUAUUCUGGCAGUAAAGUAUGGUGUCGGUGUGUCAGGUAAUAAAUGCUUCAACUUCUCCAGACCAACAAAAGUCAAAAGUGAAGCAGGUUAACAAACAUCUCCCCUUCAGACUGGAAACUAAGCAGGAAGCUAACACAACGUCUUUUAGUUAAAUUUAUAGAAAGUAACGAGCAGCUGUAUUUUAUUCCAGCCUCCCUGUCCAGCUGAGAGAAGAGGUGUUCAGCUCCGUCCUGAACACAGACGGAACAUCCAUGGGGUACCAUAUCUGGGUCACACAAAGCGACUUGUCACAAGAAGCGAGGCGAGGAGGCCGGAGCCUUAAGGCAGGACUUGGGAGGCUUGGUCUGGAAAUCAUGGUACUCCUCUGCCCGGGCGAACUGGUCGCUGAACCUGCAGGAGGAGGAAAUGAUAUCAGCCGCCGCAGUGAUGUCACCCGUCAGUGCUCAGUCUCAGGUUGUCCAUGAACUCCAGGAUCUGUUCCAGGGUGAGCUGAGCCAGUUUACUGCUGGAACUGCGAAGAUUGAGGACAGAGACACAACCGCUGUUCAACAGCUUGCUGCUCAGGUUUUGGAGGAGAAAGACGUUGGGUUUGGAAUGGUCGACUCCCACAAAGAUGCAAAGGUGGCAAAGAAACUGGACCUGGAGGAGGAAGGCAGCGUCUAUGUUUUUAAAGCUGAUCGAGUGAUCGAGUUUGAUGGCUUGCUCUCUGCUAACACUCUGGUCGAGUUCUUGUUGGAUCUCUUGGAGGAGCCCGUGGAGGUGAUAGGAAAUGCCCUGGAGCUGAAAGCCUUUGAUAGGAUGGAGGAAGACAUCCGCCUCAUUGGUUACUUCAAGAGCGAGGAAUCUGAUCACUAUGAAGCAUUUAAAGAAGCUGCAGAGCAGUUCCAGCCCUACAUUAAGUUCUUUGCCACAUUUGAAAAAUCUGUGGCCAAGGAGCUGACUCUGAAGUUGAACGAGGUGGAUUUCUAUGAACCCUUCAUGGAGGAGCCAGUCACCAUCCCAGGCAAGCCGCACUCUGAAGAGGAUCUAGUGGAAUUCAUAACUGAACACAGACGACCAACUUUGCGAAAGCUGCGUGCAGAAGAUAUGUUUGAGACCUGGGAGGAUGACAUUGAGGGCACCCACAUUGUUGCUUUUGCAGAGGAGGAGGACCCUGAUGGCUACGAGUUCUUGGAGAUCCUGAAGGAGGUGGCCAGAGACAACACCCAUCUACCUGACCUCAGCAUCAUCUGGAUUGACCCUGAUGACUUUCCCCUGCUGAUCCCCUACUGGGAGAAGACCUUCAAGGUGGACCUGUUCAGACCACAGAUUGGAGUUGUCAAUGUUACAGAUGCCGACAGUGUGUGGAUGGAGAUGGAUGAUGAGGAGGACCUGCCAACUGCCCAGGAGCUGGAGGACUGGAUUGAGGAUGUGCUCUCUGGCAAAGUCAACACUGAGGACGACGAUGACGAUGAUGACGACGAUGAUGAUGAUGAGAAUAAUGAUGAGGAAGAGGAUGGCAACAAUGAUGAUGAUGAUGUCGGCAACGACGACGACGAUGACGACGACGACGAUGACGACGAUGAUGACGACGACGAGUAAUUCAUUGCCAGAGAAUAAUAAAUGUUGACUCCUCAGUUUUUAUUCUUAACAUGGAUUUUAGGCAAACUACAGUAAAAUAACCUUUCCAUUUGUUAAUAAUAAAGGACUGUUGAUGUCAACUA